CGGGCUGUAGUUACAUUUCCUCCUCACAUCCUGCGCUGACCCUCCGAUACCCCGCCGACUGGACACGCGCCUGCGGAGCUACAAGCCUCGCUGCCCGGCCGAAAAACACGCUUAUCUACCGUCAAGGAACGAUGGGCAGCUUGUACAAGGAUGAGCAGGACGACUGGAUCACGGUGUGUCUCAAGUACCUCCUCUUCGUUUUCAACUUCCUGUUUUGGAUGGGCGGCGGGGUUGUGAUGGGUGUCGGGAUCUGGACGCUGGUUGAUAAAGGAGAGUACCUGAGCCUGCUGGCCUCCAGUACAUUCGCCGUGUCCGCCUACAUCCUGAUCCUGGCGGGUGGGCUGGUGAUGGUCACCGGGUUCUUGGGCUGCUGUGCCGUCAUACGUGAGCAGAGGAGCUGUCUGUCCACGUACUUCUCCUGUCUGCUUCUGAUCUUCCUAAUUGAGCUGGUGGCUGGGGUUUUGGCCUACGUUUAUUACCAGGCUCUGAGUGAAGAGCUGAAGCAGCACUUGAGCAAGACGAUGACGGAGAACUAUGCCCAACCUGGAAAAGACAGCAUCACUCAAUCUGUGGACAGACUACAGCAGGAUUUCAAGUGCUGUGGGAGCAACAACUCCUCUGACUGGACGCACAGCGUGUACAUCAUGUCCCAAAAUGCAGAGAAGCGAUUGGUCCCUGACAGCUGCUGUAAAACCAUCACCCAUCAGUGUGGAAAGAGAGACCACCCCUCGAACAUCUACAAGGUGGAGGGCGGAUGUAUCACUAAACUGGAGCAGUUCCUGGCAGAUCACUUGCUCAUUAUUGGUGCUGUGGGGAUAGGCGUGGCCUGUCUACAGCUGGUAGGAGCAGUAUUGACUGCCUGCUUUAUUUAUCUGCUUUAUAAAGAAGAGGAAGAAGACUUUUCUGAUGUUUGAUUGGCUAGUGCCAAUGUUUGACUCCUGAAGUGAUCAGAAGAUCUGUGGAAUGGUGUUCACCUGUUGCCUGCACAGGCGAAUUAAGCUGGACCCUUACUGACUGAGAAACUGACCUUUAUGACACUUUAAACACGGCCUUACUACUCUGUCCAUUUUUAACUGCACGACCAAAUUCAUUUGCAUUAAUAUAAGGGCUUUAUUAUUUUUUAGACAAAUAUUGCUGAUGUUUUUGCCUCUUUAUGAUCCUAAAAGUCUAGAAAGGUGUGGGAUAUUGCCCUAUAGUCAUUUAGAUAAAGAUAAAGAAAUCACUUUUAUACUUUGAGUAAAUUAUAAUAUAUCAAAAUAUUUUUUUAUUAACCACAUAUUCACUUUAAAUAGCUGGUAUUAAAUGUAUGCAAUGUGCUGCUAGAUCUCAAGCAGGUGUGGGAACCUGCUCGUAGGCACAAAAUACACUGGACCAACAUCAAGACCAUUCAUUAUUAUAUUUUAAUAAUAACAUUUAUGAAGCUUGUUGAAAGAUCUCUGUUUGGCACAUUUCAUUAUUAUUCUGGGAACAAAUACCAUUAUGUCCAUUUCUGAUAUAUUAUUGGUGCAGAAACUAUAUUGACAAAAAUCGCAAGUAACAUUGAAUUAAACAUUACUUUUUGAAGUAGAACACAUGAAGUAAUAUUUUCUUUACACGUACACUUUUAAAUUGAAGCAAUUACUAUUUUGUCAUCGUAUUUUAAAUUCUGUCACACUUCCUGUUAAAUAUUAUCAUUCACAGAAAAGAUAAAGCUGCUUUUGAGGCUAAAUGAUUUUCGCUUAGAUGGAUUGGCAGAAUAUUACGUGUAUUUUAAAAGGUUUUAUUGAACCGACGAACUCCCACUUAGGGCCAUGCCAUGAAACGUUCAGAUGAUUGAAGGGAAAGAACGAGCACCAUUCCAUUGCAUUGCAACACACGAGUCACAGCUGCAAAAUCUUAAUGUAGUUGCCACAGCAACGUCAGCCAUUGAAAUCCAAUGUCAUUUGGGGAAAAAACAUGGUUAGAAAAAGAUUUAAUGUAACUUUCUUGUUUUCCGUUGUACUGAGUACCGUCUGUAACCCAAUUGCUUUAUGCUUUAUGACAGAUGAUGCAUAUUUUAAAAGCAUUGUGCAAAUAAACAAUCUCUCAUCUGAGCUGCACGUAAGUCUGCAGGUUGUGAUGUGCAUUUAAUGAUCUCAGUAGUUGAUCUAAUAGAUGUAAUCUUUCAUUUAAACACUGCUAUGUAUUUGUAGAAGGAAUGUGUAUGUAUUUUCAUAAGGAAUUUACUGUAGCAUCUUUUGUGGGCAGUAGAUACUGAAACAGCUGUAUGUUUAUUAAUUUUUUUAUAUAUAUAUAUAUAUAUACGUUUGAAAUAAACUUAUUUUGUUGA